GAAGGCGAGCAAAACAUUUUCCACCGGCUCGGUCUUUGUCCGUCCACCUUCCCCGCUGAAGCAACAUCCGCAGCGACGCCAUGGCUAAUGUUGUUGAUACAAAGCUCUACGACAUCCUCGGCGUGUCUCCGUCUGCAUCCGAGAACGAACUGAAGAAGGCAUACAGGAAGCUGGCCAAAGAGUACCACCCUGACAAGAACCCAAACGCUGGCGACAAGUUCAAAGAAAUUAGCUUCGCCUACGAGGUGCUGACCAACCCUGAGAAGAAGGAGCUGUACGACCGCUAUGGCGAGCAGGGCCUGCGGGAAGGCGGCGGUGGCGGCCCCGGCAUGGACGACAUCUUCUCCCACAUCUUCGGCGGCGGACUCUUUGGCUUCAUGGGAGGCCAGAGCAGCCGCUCCCGUAAUGGAGGGCGAAGGAGAGGGGAGGACAUGGUGCAUCCACUCAAAGUGUCACUGGAGGACCUUUACAACGGGAAGACGACCAAACUACAACUCAGCAAGAAUGUACUUUGUAGCACUUGUAACGGACAGGGCGGCAAGACAGGCGCCGAACAAAAAUGUAGCGCGUGUCGAGGGCGUGGCAUGCGCAUCAUGAUCAGGCAGCUGGCACCAGGCAUGGUCCAACAGAUGCAGUCCGUGUGCACAGACUGUAACGGCGAAGGCGAGGUCAUCAGCGAGAAAGACCGCUGCAAGAAAUGCGAAGGCAAGAAGGUGGUGAAGGAGGUGAAGAUCCUAGAGGUGCACGUGGACAAAGGCAUGAAGCACGGCCAGAAAAUCACCUUUGGCGGCGAGGCGGACCAGGCGCCCGGAGUGGAGCCGGGUGACAUCGUCCUCGUCCUGCAGGAAAAAGAGCACGAGACGUUCAGGCGAGACGGCAACGACCUGUUCAUGACCCACAAGAUCGGUCUAGUGGAGGCGCUGUGCGGCUUCCAGUUCAUGCUGAAGCAUUUAGACGGCAGACAGAUUGUAGUCAAGUACCCGGCGGGGAAGGUCAUUGAGCCAGGCUCGGUGAGGGUAGUACGAGGGGAGGGCAUGCCUCAGUACCGAAACCCCUUUGAGAAAGGAGACUUGUACGUCAAAUUUGAUGUCCAGUUCCCAAGCAGCAACUGGAUCAGUUCGGAGAAACUGACGGAGCUGGAGGACAUGCUGCCGUCGCGGUCGGAGGCGCCCAUCAUCACGGGCGACACAGAGGAGGUGGACCUGCAGGACUACGACGUCAGCCAGGGCUCCACGUCGGGCGGGCGCAGGGAAGCCUACAACGACAGCUCCGACGAGGAGGGCGGCCACCACGGGCCGGGGGUCCAGUGCGCCCACCAGUAGUCUUGUCUCUCACACUCACAUCAACCGCACACGCACACCCCUGGGGGUGUUUGGGCAGCAGCGGCAGGGGGCAAUGUAAGAUUAUCAGAGUAAAGAAAGGGCGCUAGGAUGGAACGACGUGGGGGGGGCUUGCACCAGUGCAGCUGCACGACAUGCAAACAUUACGGGACUUGAUCAGGAUGGAGUGAUAUUUAUAAAUACAGUAGGCGGCUGCCCCGCUGCAAACCUGCUGUACUGAUCCCGUGUUCUUCCCACCCCUUUCUAAAAUAUCCACUAUUUCCUUUAAGGGGAGGAACACCGGAUCACCUGUGCAGAAGAAUGUCUUGUUUGCCGAGUGUGUGACAUCAUUUUUUGUUUUUCUAUAGGAUUUACAAUAAUUUAAAAACUAACAUGUGCAUACUUCACAUCUUCAUCCACAUGGCGACACUUCUGGGACGUUUCUGAUUUUUACAACUUUAUUUUCUUUCUAGGUUUUUCCUUUUUUUCUCUCUCUCCCGCCACUCCUCUCCCUUUCCUUCCCUUCUAUAUAUUUUUAAAUCCAAACAAUAUGUUGUUGUGUAUUUCAUUCAGCUGGUUGUUGUUGAGCUUUUUGUCAGCGCCUGUAUUGAAAGCGGUGUGAUUUUUAAAAACGAAACUCAUGACGUACAGUACAUACACAAAAUUCUGAUUUAAAGAAAAAUAGCCUGCAUCUGUGCUGAGACCAUGUGCAUGUAAAAAAAGUUUUUGUUCGUGCUCUGUACAGCAGUCACAUG